ACGGGGGGGGCUUGUAAAUAAGGAGGCAAGUGUGAGUAAAACACGGAGAGGAGCAAUACAGUCCCCGGGGCGAGACAAGACGACCUGUGGAGUGUGUUGGUGACAGUUGCCUCAAAAUCCUCAUGUUUUUAUUUAAUUUGUAAAUCAUGACGGCUCUGGAUAACUCGGGAGAGUAUUCAAUGCAAAGCCGAAGCUCCAGACUCUCGCUGCGACAGAACCGUAAGCGCACGCUGGCCUCGGACAUCUCGCCCGCCCCCGAGCCGCGGACCAGCCACCGCUUCCGAACACCGAGCCUCAGCGACGCGGACGACAGGAAUAAGACUCCACUAACGGUACGCAGCAUGAGUCUGAGUCGCAGCGUUGUGACAAGCAGCGGCCGAAGGACCAGCUUGGCCUCCUCCCAGUCUGGUGGCGGCAGCUCUGGUGUCCUGGGCAGUGCGGGGGACCUGGGGUACAGCGGGGGGCCGGUGUCGGGCGUGUGCCCCCUCGCCAACAUGGGUAACACCUGCUUCCUUAACUCGGUCCUGUAUGCGUUGAGGUUCCUUCCGGGGUUCACUCAUGACCUACACCACCUUCACAUGCAUCUACGGUCUACUGGUGAGCUGAAGGACGCCCACCUUGACCAGCGGAUACAUUUCCUGUCAGAGCUCCAUUCGCUGUUCAGGAGUCUCUGCCAGGAGGAAAGGACUGCCUCGGAGAAGAGAAUGUCUCCCUACGAGCCCUACCAAUUCCUGCAAGCCUUGAGAGUCGUCAACCCCAUGUUUGAAGGGAACCGACAGCAGGACGCCCAUGAGCUCCUUCACUGCCUCCUGGACCAGCUGUGCCACCUCCCGCAGGACCUCCUACAAGUCAGGCCCAACGGCACGGACCCUACAGGCUGCGGGGACGUCUUGGGGGCACAGCAGGAGCGGGACACCAACCCCCCCGAGCCCAAGAGGUUGCGAAGGAGGUCGGAGAGAAUACAGGCCAUUGAAGAGGACUCGAGCAAGGCGGUUGAUGUGGUCGGGUCAAAGUUCGUGGGUCGUAUGUGCCUGGAGACCUGCUGCCUGGAGUGUGAGCAGGUGACCGGUCGCGAGGAGAACUUCCUGGAGGUGUGCGUCCCCGUCAAGACCAAGGCCGACUUUGAUGUGGACCAAACCAUGGAGGAGUCUCGGAUCUUCAUGGCGGCCCUGAGCGAGGAGGAGUGCCUGCAGGACAACAACAAGUACUGGUGUGAUCACUGCUACCACCACAAUGAGGCGCAGCGCUCGGUCCACUUCACGCAGCUGCCGCACCACCUCGUCAUCCACGUCAAGAGGUUCAGCGCAUACCAGAGAAACAUGAACACCUCCAAGUGCACCGAUGCCAUGCCCGCCCCUCUCGUCCUGCCGUGUUUCUGCCGCUCGUGUUACCUGGAGAAGCGGAAAAACCCACAUGAUAAGGGGGGGGACACACCCAAGUGCUCUCCCGGCUCCUCCGCCAAAGGGAACUACCACAGCCCCUACCACCUCACUGCCGUUGUGUGUCACGUGGGACCGACCUUGUCCUCAGGCCACUAUUUGUCAUUUGUCCGUCUGAGCGCCCUCCAGUCCUCCAAGUGCCCUGAGCAACAGCAGCAACAGCAACAGCAGCAGCAGCAGCAGGCAACACAGCAGCAGCAGCCACCCCCCUCCCAGCAGGCCCACCACACCCUGCCAGCCGCCAACACCCGCGUGAACUGCUCGUGGAUGCGGUGUUGUGGUCUGCAGCUGGACCACAUCCGUCCGCUGUCCUUUCUGAAUGGGCAUAAUGAUGACGAGAGUGGGAGGCGAGGGCAGGACAAGCUGUGGCUGGAGUGCGACGACGACAAGAUCAAGUUGGUCACAUCCCAGGAGGUGUGCCACAUGAUGCGCACCACUAACAUCACCCCUUACCUCCUCUUCUACACUCACUGCUGAUCUCAACACCUCACCACCACCACUACCACUACCACCACUACACUGCCACACUCACAUCCAGCUCCUGAGACGAUGAAUGUGCAUACGUCUUUUUUAUUAGUCUCUUUAGAUUUGGAUACAGUGAUGUGUUUUCAUAAGUGAGACUGAGUGUGGGUGUUCUCCUCCUUGCCGCGUGGAAACGAGUACGUGAGUUGCGGGAAUAUGCUUUCGUUUUUUGGGGGGGUUGUGUAGUUUGAUGCUGAUGGUUUGCUUCGAGAUGGGAGGCGAGGGGGCGGGGAACCAUUACAAAGCACCCGGUGAAGGUUAUGAAUGCUAGUAUCUCCUUAUUUACCCUCUCUUCCUCCUCCGUCUCCUCCUCUCCUUAUCUCUGGUUCUCUUGAAGGAAGGCAAAUUCUCGUUCAUCUUGAUUUCAUCCAUCCUAAAGUUGCUCUGAGCGUGGUGGCAAGUCUGGCCAUCACAGGAAUAGGAAAACAAAUAUUUUGGUUGGUUGUUUGUUGGCGUUCAAGGAAGCUUUUUGUGUGACUCCGAGGAAGACUUGAGGCCUGAAAAAAGAGGAAAACAGUAUGGUAGUAGAAGUUGAAAGACCUGAACAAUACAAAAAACAAGACAAAAGUACAAGAAGUCAUUGGUGUGAAAGAAAGCCUGGAAGAACACAGUAAUAAAGGAAUGUAAAGAGUGACUGUGCUGUAAUACUAAAAGACUUGAGGCCAGGAAAUAAAAGCAGGAAUAUAGUAUCGUAGAAGUUGAAAGACAUGAACCAGAGAGAAAAAUAGCAGGAAACGAUGUAUGUGAGAGGUUUUUGAGGCUUGAAAGAACACAGUAAGAGAAGAACGUAAAGAGUGAACCUAUCUUAUGAUGUCGAUAUGAGUUGAAAAUCGUAAACAAUAGAAAAAACAGGAAAGCACGAUUACGGAAAACUGUUGGUGUGAGAGAGUUUUGAGGCUUGAAAGAACAAAGAAAGAGGUGAAUGUAGAGAAUGAACCUAUUUUAUAACUUUGAUGUGAGUUGGAAGUCGUAAAUAACAGAAAAAACAGGAAAGCAUGACUACAAAAAACUAUUGGUGUGAGAAGUCUUUGAGGCUUGAGAGAACAAAGUAAGAGAGGAACGUAAAAAGUGAACCUGUUUAAUAAUGUUGAUGUGAGUUGAGAAUCGUAAAGAAUAGAAAAAAACAGGAAAGCACGACUACAAAAAACUAUUGGUGUGAGAAGUCUUUGAGGCUUGAGAGAACAAAGUAAGAGAGGAACGUAAAGAGUGAACCUGUUUAAUAAUGUUGAUGUGAGUUGAGAAUCGUAAAUAAUAGAAAAAACAGCAAAGCACGACUACAAAAAACUAUUGGUGUGAGAAGUCUUUGAGGCUUGAAAGAACAAAGUAAGAGAGGAACGUUAAGAGUGAACCUGUUUAAUAAUGUCGAUGUGAGUUGAGAAUCGUAAAUAAUAGAAAAAACAGCAAAGCAUGACUACAAAAAACUUGAUGUGAAAGUUUUUUGAGGCUUGAAAGAACACGGUAAGACAAGAAUGUAAAGAGUGAAUUUAUUUUACAACUUUGAUGUGAGUUGGAAGUCCUGAAUGAUUGAAAAAACAGCAAAACACGAGUACAAGAAAUCAUUAGUGUGAGAAGUUUUUGGCCUGAGAGAAUAUAGAAGAACAUAAGGAGUGAAAUCGUGCCGUAAUGUUGCUAUGUGUUGAAAGACCUGAAGGAUAUAAAAAGUAGCAAAACAUUAUGAUAGUACGAGACGCCAUUUAUUUGAGCGACUUCAGGCCAAAGGGAAAAACGUGUGUGACUUUUUGCCGUAACGUUGCUGCGAGUGAGCCGUGUCAGGACGAUGGAUACAUGAGGAAGAAUCAAAAGGCCUGACAAAAGUACAUACCGAUGCGACUGAAAGCUCUUGCCGUUGCGUGCUGUCGGUGUGAGAGGAUGAUAGUGCCUGGAGUUCCUUUUGUACCCACUGCCAAAAGGUUAGACAAAACACUUCCACCGUCACUAGCUACCUCAUGCAUCAGGUCAACAACGUAGGGAAAAAAUGAUGGCUCUUUUUCUUCCUCGCUCGACAAGUGGAGACUCUCGCAAGUGAAGUUAGCUACUGGUGCCUGACUAUGCUUUUCCGAGGGUGUAAAGUUUGGAAAGGGGAAGAGAAUAGCUCGGAAAUGUUUGUAAAUGAAGGGAGAAAAGAAUUAUUGUAACGGGAAUGGAUAGGAAAUAGCUCGGAAAUGUUUGUAUCUGAAGAUGAAAAAAAGCUUUACUGUAUCCUUCGUUUUGAUGGAUGUAAAGUUAAAAAUGGAAAGGAAACAGUUCGGAAAUGUUUGUGAAUGAAGAUGAAAAAAAAGCAUUACUGGUAUCCUUGAUUUUGAUGGAUAUAAAGUUCGGAAACAGAAAGGAAACAGUUUGAAAGUGCUUGUAAAUGAAGAUAAAAAAAAAAACAUUACUGUAACCUUGAUUUCAGUGGAUGUAAACUUUGAAAAUUGCAAGAAAAUAAUUUGAAAAAGUUUGUAAGUGAAAAGGAAACAAAAAGGCAUUAACAUAUCCUUGAAUUUGAUGGGUAGAAAAUUAGAAAAUGGAACUAAAUGGGUUACGAUUACAAUUUCUUAAAAGAAAGACGAAAGAGUUUAUGAAUGUGUUAAAUUUGAUACAUAUAACAAAAAAAGCCUAUUGAAUCUAACUUACAUAUUCAGUGGGUGAUGAUAUGUAUUAAAAGGAGGAAGAGGAUAGAGUUUAUGAAUACUAACUAACAAAUAGGGAUCAUACAACUGGGGGGCAGGUCGCUUCACUCACUCACCACCCCCACUCCCACGGUUCCCCUGAGCAAACUCCCCUACAGCCGCCCUAUCCACCCCAAGGCCCUCCCAGCAGUAUCAGUCGACUUGCCCUUGCCAUGAGUUACCUACGUGGGCGUCACCUUGGUCUCCCCCACUCAGGGUUGUCUCGUACAGAAACAACACCAUGAGCAGGUUCACCGUCUGGGAGGCCUAAUGUGAAAAAAGACACACCACUCUUAAGUAUACCAGAUUAAGCUCCUUUACUCCCUUCACUGCCAUUGCCCAUAUAGCCGGAGCUGGCAUUCAUCAGGGUUACCAAGUUAUCGUAUUCAGACACUCAGCACAUCGUAUUUUCCAGUUUCUGAGUCACAGCUAUCGCAAAAAACGCCAAUAAGUAAUGCUUUUAACCCGGUAGCAACGAUGGGACAAAUUUGUGGCUUUACCGUGUAGCAGUGACGGGCCAAAUUUGUGGCUUUACCGUGUAGCAGUGACGGGCCAAAUAUGUGGCUUUACCGUGUAGCAGUGAUGGGACAAAUUUGUGGCUUUACCGUGUAGGAGUGACGGGCCAAAUUUGUGGCUUUACCGUGUAGGAGUGACGGGCCAAAUUUGUGGCUUUACCAUGUAGCAGUGACGGGCCAAAUUUGUGGCUUUACCGUGUAGCAGUGACAGGCCAAAUUUGUGCCAUGAUAUAAACCCCCAAAAAUAGAUGAUACAUAAUCUGAUCACAAAUGUUUUGAUAUAUAUUAUGAAAAGGUUUGUGUGAGGGGUGAUUUUUUCUCAUUUUUCUCGCUUAGAGGGACCAUUAAGAAACAUGAUCCCCGCUGCUACCGGGUUAAUGAGAACUUUAACUGGUAUUUCGUUAUCUGUGUGGGUAAGAAAGUUUUGGGCCCUGGAACUGAUAAAUGCAAUGUUUUGAGUACGGUAAUUUGGCAACUCUGGCAUUCGUGGACUCUCCUCCUCUCCUUAUCUCUGGUUCUCUUGAAGGAAAGCAAAGUCUCGUUCAUCUUGAUUUCAUCCAUCCUAAAUUUGCUCUAAGCGUGGUGGUAACAGGCCUCAAUUCGGUUUCAUCACGUAAUCGCUGGUUCGACGUGAAGUCAUUCCAGUGAUGCCCCAUGAUCCUGUGAAAGCGCUUGGUACCAAAGGCUUCGACAUUCUUCUACAAGUCAUUAUUCAGUGUCCAUGUCUCACAGCCAUACAGUAAGACAGGGAAUUUAUGAACAGGUAAAAUUUGAUGAAAAACGAUUUAUUAGAACCAAAAAAUCCGAUUGGAACUUACCGCAUGUGUCUUGAGAUGAAUAGUGAAGAUAGUUAUUCAAUAGGAGGAGGAGGAGGAGGAGGAGGAGGAUAGAAUUUACGAACAUGUUAAAUUUGAUGAAAAAAUGAUUUAUAAGAACCAAAAAUAUCCAAUUGGAACUUACCGUAUGUGUCUUGAGAUGGAUAAUGAAGGAAGUUAUUUAAAAGGAAGAGAAGGAUGAGGAUAGAAUUUACGAACAUGUUGAAUUUGAUGAAAGGAACGAUUGAUUUAUAACAGGGAAAGCUUGUGGGGUAUACAUGUCUUUCAGUGGAUAAUGAAGGCAUAGUUCUCUCAAAAGAGGAAGAUGGUAGUGAUACUGAACUGUCAUGUUGGAUUGUAUGGAAAGAAUGUCUAAUUUCUGAGGACGAGGAAAGCGCAUGGGAAGUACGGUAGCUAACUGGCACUAAACGCUGGAUGGGAGACCAAGGCAGUUUUAGAAAGGUGGAGAAUAGCAGUGAAGAGAAUGAAAUGUGUGUUGUAAAUAUAAAAAGAAGGCCAUUGAAGGAUAAAGAAAAAGAGAUAUAAAUAUGAAAAGAAAAUUAAACAAAAAAGAAAGAGAAGAUGUGAUAAAUAAAAGAAGAACGAUUUAUUAAUUUCUCACAACAAGGAAUGCCCCGAGGAUGAGAGAACCUUUGAUAUUAUAUACGUCGUUAUCAGGUGAAGUGAUGAGAGGAAGAGGAGGAAAAACUGUGCAUUAGUAUUUGUGUGAUUUAUUUGCUAUUUUGUGAACUGCUGGAAAGAGGAAAGAGGAGAAAAAAACUGCAUUCACGACCUUAUUUAUCUGCUAUUUUGUGAACUGCUGGAAAGAGGAAAGAGGAGGAAAAAACUGCAUUCACGACCUUAUUUAUCUGCUAUUUUGUGAACUGCUGGAAAGAGGAAAGAGGAGGAAAAAACUGCAUUCACGACCUUAUUUAUCUGCUAUUUUGUGAACUGCUGGAAAGAGGAAAGAGGAGAAAAAAAACUGCAUUCAUGACCUUAUUUAUCUGCUAUUUUGUGAACUGCUGGAAAGAGGAAAGAGGAGAAAAAAAACUGCAUUCAUGACCUUUUUUAUCUGCUAUUUUGUGAACUGCUGGAAAGAGGAAAGAGGAGGAAAAAACUGCAUUCACGACCUUAUUUAUCUGCUAUUUUGUGAACUGCCGGAAAUGAGGAGGAAAAAAAUGGCAGCUAAUGUACUGAAACUCAGCGCUACCCUUCCGCCGGACCGAGAACAAGAACGAGAACAAAACCGACUGCGUACGACCUGGUUCCUCGGCACACACAGCUCAGCGACCAAGGUGUUUUCUACUCUCAGCUGGUACGACAAGCCUGACAGUGUAAUAACAGUAAUAACAGGACCGAGACGUGACCUUCUUUGCCGGAAGCUUUAUCGUUACGUGGGACUGGUUCAUAGUGGGUAGGGAGACCAAUAGUAGGUGAUAUAUUUUUGUAUAAAAGAACACAAGGUAGUUUUUAGUAGUCUUAAGUAUUAACUGUGAUGAUUCAGUAGGGGAAUUUGUGCAGCAAUGUCGUUCUUUUCUCUGUUAUGUCACUCGUUUCGUAUUUCACCGGAGCGUUUUUUUUUUUUUUUUUUUUUUCUCGCUUUCUCGUAUAUUUAUUUGGUAUACUUUUUUUUUUUCCGGGCUCUCCAUUUGUCCGUGAUCCAUAUUUUGUGUCCGCUCCUGCAUCCACAACCGAAUAUUAUUACAUAUACUCAACCCCCCAGACUGAUUAAUUGCUCUUUCAACUAUUCAAAUUACUCUAACUCAAUUCAUCACUUCAUUUAUUUAUCCUCCAACUAAAUUUUCAUCGCUUCUCCUCCUGUCCCAUAUAUUAUGUCUCGCCAAUAUGAAAAUCCAUCGCUUUACUUUAUCUCAAACUAAUUUUCCUCUUCUCUUCCUUCCCAUACGUUCAAAGUCUCACCAAUAUGAAAAUCUCGGACUAUAAUUAUCAUCGCCUCUGUCUCAUAUGUCCAAAUUUUCGCCGACACAAAAAUCCAUUGCUUUAUUUUUCUCAAACUAAUUUUCGUUGCGUCUGUUCCUUUCCAUACGUUCAAAGUCUCACCUAUAUGAAAAUCUCUGACUAAUUUUCAUCCCUGUCAGUCCCAUACAAUCAAAUUUUCACCGAUACAAAAAUCCAUUGCUUUCUUUUUCUCAAACUAAUUUUCAUCGCUUCUCCUCCUUUCCCAUACGUUCAAAGUCUCACCAAUAUGAAAAUCUCUGACUAAUUUUCAUCCCUGUCAGUCCCAUACGUUCAAAUUUUCACCGAUACAAAAAUCCAUUGCUUUCUUUUUCUCAAACUAAUUUUCAUCGCUUCUCCUCCUUUCCCAAACGUUCAAAGUCUCACCAAUAUGAAAAUCACCAACUAAUUUUCAUCCUUGUCAGUCCCAUACGUUCAAAUUUUCACUGAUACAAAAAUCCACAGCAUUAUUUUCUCUCAAACCAAUUUUAAUUCCCUCUCUGCCUGUCCCAUUCAUUAAAAUUUUCACCGAUACGAAAUUGUACGUCAAGACAGACACAGGGCAUGGACAAAUGGGCACCCGGCCUUAUCCUGUCGAGGCAGAGGGCAGGCACUCAGCCACCCCACCCCAGGGCAGAGUGGGGGUACCUCUUAACACUUUCCCAUUUUCUCUUCAUUUACGUCAAGUCGAGGUCUUAUUUUAGGGGGAACUCAGUUGGUAGUGGACGCUGAUACGAGAUUUCAUUGUCGAAAGUAAAUAAUUGUGAAUUGACGAAGAUAUUAUUAGUGUCAUUAUUAUCAUCACUUUUAUUAUUUUUUGUGUGACAAUUAUUCGUAGUCAGACGUAAGUUUAUUUUCGACUGAAGUGUAAACAUGACAUUAUUACAAUGGUUUAUCUAGGCAGGCAGUUCUGAUUUUGAUAUUUCUGUUCGUAGGUAUUCAGCAGUGACGCUCAUGUGUGUGUGUGUGUGUGCGUGUGUGUGUGUGUGUGCGCUCUUACCCAAUCGUAUUUUUACAACAUUGCGUAAAAAUUGUCGUGUUCUGUAUUUUUAAAGCAGAUUUAUCGUACUCAAUUUAAAACCGUGUGUGUGUGUGUGUGUGUGUGUGUGUGUGUGUGUGUGAUGAACAAACUGUCAGACUCACCGAUCGUCAAUACAGUAAGUGCUGUCGCCGCCGUCGCCACAAUCUCAGGUUAUGAGCUUCUACAAUCCUGUCGUCAGAUGGUUCCCGGACUCAAUUUUUCGAACAAUUGAUUAAUACUGUUGUGAACGUUAUUUGUGUGCAUUAUUAUCAUUAUUAUUAUUAUUAUUAUUAUUAUUAUUAUUAUUAUUAUUAUUAUUAUUAUUAUUAUUAUAUGCUUGUUUAAGAGUUGAUUUUCACAAGGUUAUGGUAAUUUGAGUGAAGAUAAUAGUAGUAGUAGUAGUAGUAGUAGUAGUAGUAGUAGUAGUAGUAGUAGUAGUAGUAGUAGUAGUAGUAGUAGUAGUAGUAGUAGUAGUAGUAGUAGUAGUUGUAGUAGUAGUAGUAGUAGUAGAAGUAGUAGUAGUAGUAGCAGUAGAAGUAACAGUAGUAGUAGUAGUAGCAGUAACAGUAGUAGUAGUAGUAGUAGUAGUAGUAGUAGUGGUAGUAGUAGUAGUAGUUUUAGUAGUAGCAGAAGAAAAAUAGCAUCCUGGUUUAUUCUGUAUGCUUGGCCUUAAGAUAUUAUUAAAAGAAAAUUCAACUUUUACAGAAGUAUACACAUUAUCAUUAUUAUUAUUAUUAUUAUUAUUAUUAUUAUUAUUAUUAUUAUUAUUAUUAUUAUCAUUAUUAUUAUUAUUAUUAUUAUUAUUUUCAUUAUUAUCAUUACUGUUAUUGUUAUUAUUAUUGUAUGUCACAUUAUUAGUGUUCAAACUAUCAACUACAGUGUAUUUACGGAACCCUCAAUGUGUGCUCAAUAUUAAUUACUACACUCAAACACACUCACUCACACUCAGAGAACAAUGAAGUGGUAUGGGUUCGGAUUCCACCAAUACCACUCUGAUGACUAUGCCGAAAGAAUAUCAUCACCCUCAUAAACAAACUGCCUACGUCAUUAUUUGGCAACUUCCAGAUAUGUGGGUAAACCUUUUUUUUUUUUACGUCUACGCCUGGAUGGUGUUCGGCCCCAGCCUGUCAUGGCGCAGGCAAGUGUUUAUAGUGGCGCCAUCUUCUUAUGUGAUGCACCUUUAGUAGAGUUGCCUUCUGUCAUUCUAGGGUGAAAGGUAAAGGUCAUGUUGGGAGCAUAUGCUAUAGCUGUGUAUCGUAUUGGCCCUUUGAGCAAUUUACCUUCCCCAGGUUUACCCAGGUCAGCGUUGCCAGAUUGUUGUACUCGGUCGCUCAUAUUUCCCGACUUCCUACCACAAAACGGUCUUCUGGGUUCCAAUAACGAACCACAUUUAUAGUUAGCGUUAAGAGAGUUAGAUCCUGAUGUUUCUUGGCAAUAGUUAGGCGUCAGAAACUGGUAAAUACUAUGCUCUGAGUACGACAAUCUGGCAUCAGUGACCCAGGUACCCAUUUAUCGACCAUCCCAAAAUGAAGGAUGAACGGCUGGGUGAGUUGUGCCCACCCAGGAUUUGAACCCAGGCCCACGGAUUCAUAGUCAGGAACGCUAACCACUGCACCGCAUAUUGUAGGAUGUGAGUGUUCUAAACUUAGCCUCGGUUAUUUACGAUAUUUUGAACAUUUCGUGCCAAUUCAGGUUCAGGUUCAGGUUCAGGUGGUGGUCGGGAAGCAUAGCCUUUGCAACGGCGCUUCCCUUUCUUGUUUCUCUUCUCAAUCGGUCAAGUUCCUCCGUUGGUGUUCCCUUUUCAUCCACAUCUCAUACACUGUUUUCUUUGCUUCUUCUAUCCGUUCUUCUCUAAGCAGUAGAUCGCCAAUGAUGUUGAUUUCUUGUUCUCUAUAAGGUCUAUAUGAGGUUCCUUCCCAUGCGCUCCUCAGAAAUCAGUUGUUCUCUCCACAUAACGCAGCAUGGCAGUUCAAUAUCGUUACCAUCUUCCUCCUUUGAGAGAACUAUACCUUCAGUGUCCAUCUAAACUUCUAAAGACAUCUAAGUUCCCAUAGGCUUUCCUUGUAAAUCAAUUGUUCUUUUCAUCAAAUAUAUUCAUAAAUUCUAUCCUUCUCCUUUUAGAUAACUCCCUCCAUGAUUCAUCUGAAGACACAUAUAGUAGUUCCAAUAGGCUGUUUUUUGUUGUUAUAAAUCAAUUGUUCUUCUCGUCAAAUUUGACAUGUUCAUAAACUCUCAUUAUCAUUUCUUCUUUCACCAAUUUUCCAACAAUUUUUUUCUUUCCGUUUUUUUUAACUUUCCAUCCACUAGAAUCAAGGUUACAUUAAUCCUUUUUUCCCUUCAUAUACAACUUUUUUCCAACGAUUUCCUUUCCAUUUACGAACUUUUACAUCCGUCGGAAAAGGUUAGUCAGGCACCACCUGCUAACCGCCUAACACACAGCUGACUUAGAAAAUGAGAGUCUUUUCUAUUUCCCACAAGUAUGAAAAAAUUGACCCAGGCAGCUUGUUGAUGAGAAAAUUUUAUUGAUUUCCCACAAGUAUGAAAAAAUUGACCCAGGCAGCUUAUUGAUGAGAAAGUUUUAUUGAUUUCCCACAAGUAUGAAAAAUGACCCAGGCAGUUUGUUGACGAAGGUGACGUUAUGUUGAUCUGAAUUCCAUCAGUUAGACAAUCCAAUACCCCAUGGAAGGAAGUAACUACAAUUCCCCCAAAGUAGGUCUGAUUUCUUGAAGACAGGAAACUCCAACCCCCCAAAAUAAGUUAUCCACGUAAUUCUCUCUUUUUUAUAUAUAUUAAUUGUGUUGGUCCAUUAAGCCUGAGUUUCAUUAUUACAAGAAUCUCUACUGAGUUUUUCUACUACUACUACUACUACUACUGCUGCCACUACUACUAUUACUACUACUACAACUACAAUAAUUUCUGCUACAUUUUUUCUCCUCACUUAAAAGUCUAUAAGUAAACAUGUUCUUAUUUAUUUACUUGUAUUUGCCUGAAACGAAAAUGUCUUCAAGCAUUUGUAUAAGUAUUUUGUUUGUUUGUUUACUUCUCCUAACAAGUAAAAGGAGCGACACUCUCUACGCAUCGUCCUAGCAAACGUGUUCUAAUUUAUUUAACUUGUAUUCGCCUGAGAGGAAAGCGUCGUAGAGCAUCGAUUGCCAGAAGAAACGUUUUAUUUAUUCGCUUCUAUUCGCCUUAAAGGAAUAAAAAAGUGUCCUUAUUUAUUUGCAUUCGCUUAAAAAGAAAAUGGCUCCAAGCAUUCAUAGACGAAACGAGUUCUAAUUUAUUGACUCCAUUCGCCUAAAAGGAAAAAAACUCCGAGCAUUCAUAGACGAAAUGAGUUCUUAUUUAUUAACUCCAUUCGCCUAAAAGAAAAAAAAUCCAAGCAUUCAAACUCCAUUCACCCAAAAGGAAAAAACUCCAAGCAUUCAUAGACGAAACGUAUUUUAAUUUAUUGACUCGAUUCGCCUAAAAGGAAAAAAACUACAAGCAUUCAAACUCCAUUCGCCCAAAAGGAAAAAACUCCAAGCAUUCAUAGACGAAACGUAUUUUAAUUUAUUGACUCCAUUCGCCUGAAAAGGAAAAAAAUGACUCCAAGCAUUCAUAGACGAAAUGUUCUACUUUAUCGACUCCAUUCGCCUAAAAGGAAAAAAUUACUCCAAGCAUUCAUAGACGAAACGCAUUCUAAUUUAACUCCAUUAGCUUAAAAGGGAAAGCCCUCAAGCAUUCAUAGUGGAAAUAUAUUGUAAUUUACUCACUUUUUACAUUCAUUCCAAGCCUUUCCCCCCUCCCCCAUGCCCCUCCCCCCCGACACACAGGGAUAGGAAGAAUGAAUGCAGGAUAUUUUCUAAGUCUCUCAGAGGAUGUACAUUUACGACCAUAACUGUAAUUUCGUUUUCCGCCGCGACUACUGAGACUUUGUAAGGGUAUAGAGGUAUUAUCCAUGUCUUAUUCUUAUUCUUAUUAUUAUCAUUAUUAUUUUUAGGGUUUUGUAUAUGUGGUUCCGAGGAGGACUUCACUUUUCACAAGACAACACAAAUUGGUCACACGUUUAUAAGUUGGCUGAGAAAAUGAAUGUUCAGUGUAACCAUG